AUGACGGGCCGAGGGAAAGGCGGCAAAGGGCUGGGCAAAGGGGGAGCCAAGCGGCACCGCAAAGUUCUCCGAGACAACAUCCAGGGCAUCACCAAGCCGGCCAUCCGCCGCCUGGCCCGGCGAGGAGGCGUCAAGCGCAUCUCCGGCCUCAUCUACGAGGAGACCCGGGGGGUGCUCAAGGUCUUCCUGGAGAACAUCAUCAGGGACUCGGUCACCUACACGGAACACGCCAAACGCAGGACAGUCACCGCCCUGGAUGUGGUCUACGCCCUGAAGCGCCAGGGCCGGACCCUCUACGGAUUCGGGGGUUGA